ACAACACCUUCCAGUUCAUCAAGCACAACAUCAUCCUCAACAACAACGCCUUCUAGCUCAUCUAGCACAACAACUUCUUCAACCACCACUCCAUCAAGCUCAUCCAGUACAACAACACCUUCCAGUUCAUCAAGCACAACAUCAUCCUCAACAACAACGCCUUCUAGCUCAUCUAGCACAACAACUUCUUCAACCACUACACCAACCAGUUCAUCAAAAUCGUCUACUUCUCAAACUUCAACCUCAUCAUCGACAUCAUCAAGUUCUACUUCAACAACAUCACAAUCCUCAACAACCACAAGAACACCAACACCUUCAGUCUCUUCAUCAUCAUCAACAACAACUCCAUCGAGCUCAUCAAGCACAACAUCAUCCUCAACAACAACGCCUUCUAGCUCAUCUAGCACAACAACUUCUUCAACCACCACUCCAUCAAGCUCAUCCAGUACAACAACACCUUCCAGUUCAUCAAGCACAACAUCAUCCUCAACAACAACGCCUUCUAGCUCAUCUAGCACAACAACUUCUUCAACCACCACUCCAUCAAGCUCAUCCAGUACAACAACACCUUCCAGUUCAUCAAGCACAACAUCAUCCUCAACAACAACGCCUUCUAGCUCAUCUAGCACAACAACUUCUUCAACCACCACUCCAUCAAGCUCAUCCAGUACAACAACACCUUCCAGUUCAUCAAGCACAACAUCAUCCUCAACAACAACGCCUUCUAGCUCAUCUAGCACAACAACUUCUUCAACCACCACUCCAUCAAGCUCAUCCAGUACAACAACACCUUCCAGUUCAUCAAGCACAACAUCAUCCUCAACAACAACGCCUUCUAGCUCAUCUAGCACAACAACUUCUUCAACCACCACUCCAUCAAGCUCAUCCAGUACAACAACACCUUCCAGUUCAUCAAGCACAACAUCAUCCUCAACAACAACGCCUUCUAGCUCAUCUAGCACAACAACUUCUUCAACCACCACUCCAUCAAGCUCAUCCAGUACAACAACACCUUCCAGUUCAUCAAGCACAACAUCAUCCUCAACAACAACGCCUUCUAGCUCAUCUAGCACAACAACUUCUUCAACCACCACUCCAUCAAGCUCAUCCAGUACAACAACACCUUCCAGUUCAUCAAGCACAACAUCAUCCUCAACAACAACGCCUUCUAGCUCAUCUAGCACAACAACUUCUUCAACCACUACACCAACCAGUUCAUCAAGCACGACCUCAGCGAGUACCACUCCAACAGAAUCGUCUACUUCUCAAACUUCAACCUCAUCAUCGACAUCAUCAAGUUCUACUUCAACAACAUCACAAUCCUCAACAACCACAAGAACACCAACACCUUCAGUCUCUUCAUCAUCAUCAACAACAACUCCAUCGAGCUCAUCAAGCACAACAUCAUCCUCAACAACAACGCCUUCUAGCUCAUCUAGCACAACAACUUCUUCAACCACCACUCCAUCAAGCUCAUCCAGUACAACAACACCUUCCAGUUCAUCAAGCACAACAUCAUCCUCAACAACAACGCCUUCUAGCUCAUCUAGCACAACAACUUCUUCAACCACCACUCCAUCAAGCUCAUCCAGUACAACAACACCUUCCAGUUCAUCAAGCACAACAUCAUCCUCAACAACAACGCCUUCUAGCUCAUCUAGCACAACAACUUCUUCAACCACCACUCCAUCAAGCUCAUCCAGUACAACAACACCUUCCAGUUCAUCAAGCACAACAUCAUCCUCAACAACAACGCCUUCUAGCUCAUCUAGCACAACAACUUCUUCAACCACCACUCCAUCAAGCUCAUCCAGUACAACACCACCUUCCAGUUCAUCAAGCACAACAUCAUCCUCAACAACAACGCCUUCUAGCUCAUCUAGCACAACAACUUCUUCAACCACUACACCAACCAGUUCAUCAAGCACGACCUCAGCGAGUACCACUCCAACAGAAUCGUCUACUUCUCAAACUUCAACCUCAUCAUCGACAUCAUCAAGUUCUACUUCAACAACAUCACAAUCCUCAACAACCACAAGAACACCAACACCUUCAGUCUCUUCAUCAUCAUCAACAACAACUCCAUCGAGCUCAUCAAGCACAACAUCAUCCUCAACAACAACGCCUUCUAGCUCAUCUAGCACAACAACUUCUUCAACCACCACUCCAUCAAGCUCAUCCAGUACAACAACACCUUCCAGUUCAUCAAGCACAACAUCAUCCUCAACAACAACGCCUUCUAGCUCAUCUAGCACAACAACUUCUUCAACCACCACUCCAUCAAGCUCAUCCAGUACAACAACACCUUCCAGUUCAUCAAGCACAACAUCAUCCUCAACAACAACGCCUUCUAGCUCAUCUAGCACAACAACUUCUUCAACCACCACUCCAUCAAGCUCAUCCAGUACAACAACACCUUCCAGUUCAUCAAGCACAACAUCAUCCUCAACAACAACGCCUUCUAGCUCAUCUAGCACAACAACUUCUUCAACCACCACUCCAUCAAGCUCAUCCAGUACAACAACACCUUCCAGUUCAUCAAGCACAACAUCAUCCUCAACAACAACGCCUUCUAGCUCAUCUAGCACAACAACUUCUUCAACCACCACUCCAUCAAGCUCAUCCAGUACAACAACACCUUCCAGUUCAUCAAGCACAACAUCAUCCUCAACAACAACGCCUUCUAGCUCAUCUAGCACAACAACUUCUUCAACCACCACUCCAUCAAGCUCAUCCAGUACAACAACACCUUCCAGUUCAUCAAGCACAACAUCAUCCUCAACAACAACGCCUUCUAGCUCAUCUAGCACAACAACUUCUUCAACCACCACUCCAUCAAGCUCAUCCAGUACAACAACACCUUCCAGUUCAUCAAGCACAACAUCAUCCUCAACAACAACGCCUUCUAGCUCAUCUAGCACAACAACUUCUUCAACCACCACUCCAUCAAGCUCAUCCAGUACAACAACACCUUCCAGUUCAUCAAGCACAACAUCAUCCUCAACAACAACGCCUUCUAGCUCAUCUAGCACAACAACUUCUUCAACCACCACUCCAUCAAGCUCAUCCAGUACAACAACACCUUCCAGUUCAUCAAGCACAACAUCAUCCUCAACAACAACGCCUUCUAGCUCAUCUAGCACAACAACUUCUUCAACCACCACUCCAUCAAGCUCAUCCAGUACAACAACACCUUCCAGUUCAUCAAGCACAACAUCAUCCUCAACAACAACGCCUUCUAGCUCAUCUAGCACAACAACUUCUUCAACCACCACUCCAUCAAGCUCAUCCAGUACAACAACACCUUCCAGUUCAUCAAGCACAACAUCAUCCUCAACAACAACGCCUUCUAGCUCAUCUAGCACAACAACUUCUUCAACCACCACUCCAUCAAGCUCAUCCAGUACAACAACACCUUCCAGUUCAUCAAGCACAACAUCAUCCUCAACAACAACGCCUUCUAGCUCAUCUAGCACAACAACUUCUUCAACCACCACUCCAUCAAGCUCAUCCAGUACAACAACACCUUCCAGUUCAUCAAGCACAACAUCAUCCUCAACAACAACGCCUUCUAGCUCAUCUAGCACAACAACUUCUUCAACCACCACUCCAUCAAGCUCAUCCAGUACAACAACACCUUCCAGUUCAUCAAGCACAACAUCAUCCUCAACAACAACGCCUUCUAGCUCAUCUAGCACAACAACUUCUUCAACCACCACUCCAUCAAGCUCAUCCAGUACAACAACACCUUCCAGUUCAUCAAGCACAACAUCAUCCUCAACAACAACGCCUUCUAGCUCAUCUAGCACAACAACUUCUUCAACCACCACUCCAUCAAGCUCAUCCAGUACAACAACACCUUCCAGUUCAUCAAGCACAACAUCAUCCUCAACAACAACGCCUUCUAGCUCAUCUAGCACAACAACUUCUUCAACCACCACUCCAUCAAGCUCAUCCAGUACAACAACACCUUCCAGUUCAUCAAGCACAACAUCAUCCUCAACAACAACGCCUUCUAGCUCAUCUAGCACAACAACUUCUUCAACCACCACUCCAUCAAGCUCAUCCAGUACAACAACACCUUCCAGUUCAUCAAGCACAACAUCAUCCUCAACAACAACGCCUUCUAGCUCAUCUAGCACAACAACUUCUUCAACCACCACUCCAUCAAGCUCAUCCAGUACAACAACACCUUCCAGUUCAUCAAGCACAACAUCAUCCUCAACAACAACGCCUUCUAGCUCAUCUAGCACAACAACUUCUUCAACCACCACUCCAUCAAGCUCAUCCAGUACAACAACACCUUCCAGUUCAUCAAGCACAACAUCAUCCUCAACAACAACGCCUUCUAGCUCAUCUAGCACAACAACUUCUUCAACCACCACUCCAUCAAGCUCAUCCAGUACAACAACACCUUCCAGUUCAUCAAGCACAACAUCAUCCUCAACAACAACGCCUUCUAGCUCAUCUAGCACAACAACUUCUUCAACCACCACUCCAUCAAGCUCAUCCAGUACAACAACACCUUCCAGUUCAUCAAGCACAACAUCAUCCUCAACAACAACGCCUUCUAGCUCAUCUAGCACAACAACUUCUUCAACCACCACUCCAUCAAGCUCAUCCAGUACAACAACACCUUCCAGUUCAUCAAGCACAACAUCAUCCUCAACAACAACGCCUUCUAGCUCAUCUAGCACAACAACUUCUUCAACCACCACUCCAUCAAGCUCAUCCAGUACAACAACACCUUCCAGUUCAUCAAGCACAACAUCAUCCUCAACAACAACGCCUUCUAGCUCAUCUAGCACAACAACUUCUUCAACCACCACUCCAUCAAGCUCAUCCAGUACAACAACACCUUCCAGUUCAUCAAGCACAACAUCAUCCUCAACAACAACGCCUUCUAGCUCAUCUAGCACAACAACUUCUUCAACCACCACUCCAUCAAGCUCAUCCUCAACAACAACGCCUUCUAGCUCAUCUAGCACAACAACUUCUUCAUCCAGUACAACAACACCUUCCAGUUCAUCAAGCACAACAUCAUCCUCAACAACAACUUCAUCAAGCACAACAACAUCCUCGACAACAACGCCUUCUAGCUCAUCUAGCACUACAACUUCUUCAAACCACCACCCAUCAAGCUCACCAGUACACCAACACACUUCCAUUCAUCAAGCAACAACAUCAUCCUCAACAACAACGCCUUCUAGCUCAUCUCAGCACAACAACUUCUUCACCACCACUCCAUCAAGCUCAAUCCAUUCAUCAAGCACAACAUCAACCUCAACAACAACGCCUUCUAGCUCAUCUAGCACCCCAACUCUUCAACCACACUCUCCAUCAAGCUCAUCUCAGUCCAACAACACCUUCCUGUUCAUCAAGCACAACAAUCAUCCUCUCAACAACCCCUUCUUAAGCUCAUCUACACAACAACUUCUUCACCCCACUCCAUCAACUCAUCCAGUACAACAACACCUACCCAUUCCUCAAGCACAACAAUCAUCCUCAACAACCAUGCCAUCUAGCUCAUCUAGCACAACUACUUCUGUCAACCAACCACUCCAGUCAAGCUCAUCCAGUACAACAACACCUUCCAUAUCAUCAGCACAACAUCAUCCUCAACAACACGCCUUCUACUCAUCUAGCACAACAACUUCUUCAACCACCACUCCAUCAAGCUCAUCCAGUACAACAACACCUUCCAGUUCAUCAAGCACAACAUUCAUCCCUCAACAACAACGCCUUCCUAGCUCAUCAGCACACCACUUCUUCAACCACCACUCCAUCAAGCUCAUCACUGAUAACAACACCUUUCACAACACCUUCCAGUUCCAUCAAGCACAACAUCAUCCUCAACAACAACGCCUUCUAGCUCAUCUAGCAUCAUACAACUUCUUCCAUCCACUACACCAACCAGUUCAUCAAGCACGACCUCAGCGAGUACCCUCCAACAUAAUCUUCUACUUCGCAACUUCAACCCUCUCUUCGACAUCAACAAGUUUCUACUCACAACAACAUCACAAUCCUCAACAACCACAAGAACACCAACACCUUUCAGUCUCUUCAUCAGCAUCAACAACAACUCCAUCGAGCUCAUCAAGCACAACAUCAUCCUCAACAACAACGCCUUCUAGCUCAUCGAGCAAACAACUUCUUCAAUCCACCACUCCAUCUAGGCCAUCCAGUACAACAACACCUUCCAGUUCAUCAAGCACAACUUCAUCCUCAACAACCAACGCUUCUAGCCAUCUAGCACAACAACUUCUUCAACCACCAUCGCCAUCAAGCUCAUCCAGUACAACAACACCUGCCAGUUCAUCAAGCACAACAUCAUCCUCAACACAACGCCUUCUAGCUCAUCUACACAACACCCACUUCAACCACCUCCACUCCAUCAAGCUCAUCCACACAACAACUUCUUCAUCCACCACUCCAUCAAGCUCAUCCAGUACAACAACACCUUCCAUUCAUCAAUCACAACAUCAUCCCCAACAACAACGCCCUUCUAGCUCAUCUAGCAAACACCUUCUUCACCACCACUCCAUCAAGCUCAUCCAGUACCACAACACCUUCCAGUUCAUCAAGCACAACAUCAUCCUCAACAACAACGCUUUCUACACAUCUAGCACAACAACUACCCUUCAACCACCACUCCAUCAAGCUCAAACCAGUACAACAACACCUUCCAGUUCAUCAAGCACAACAUCAUCCUCAAACAAACCAACGUCAUUAGCCAACAAUUCUUCAACCACCCCAUCAAGUACCCGUACAACAACACCUUCCAUUUCAUCAAGCACAAAUCAUCCUCAAAAAAAGCCUUCUAGCUCUCUAGCACAACAAUUCUUCAACCCCCCCCCCUCAAUUAAAAGCACAACAUCACCCUCAACAACAAGCCUUCUGCCAUCUGCAAAACAACUUCUUCAACCCCCCCACUCCUCAAAGCUCAUCCCGUCAACAACCCUUCCGUUUUUUCAAGAACAAAUACCUCAAACCCCCAACAAGCCUUUAGUUUUACCCUGCACAAACUUCUUCAACCCCCCACUCCAAAGCUCAUCAGUAAACAACACCUUCCUUUCAUCACCCAAAACAUCACCCUCAACAACAACCCCCUUCACCCCUAAUUGCACAAAAAAUUUUUCAACCACCCCACCCUCAAGCUCACCUUCAUCAAGCACAACAUCUCCUCAACAAAAACCCCUUCUGUAUCUAGCCCCCCCAAUUCUUCAACCACCACCCCAAGUCACCCGUACAAAAACACCCCCCGUUCUCAAGCCAACACACCCCAACAACAACCCUUUAUUCCAAGAAAACUUCCCCCUCAACAACAACCCCUUCUGCUCAUUAGCACAAAAACUUCUUCAACCACCACCCCCAUCAAGCUCACCGUACAACAACCUUUUCCUUUCUCAAGACAACAUCAUCCUCAACAAAACGUUUAGUCAUCUCCCCCAAAAAACUUCUUCAACCACCACCCCAUCAAGUCAUCCAAAAAAACCCCCCUUCUUUCAUAAAGCACAACUCAUCCUCAACAACAACGCUUCUGUCACUGCCAAAAACUUCUUCAAAAAACCCUCCUCAAGCUUCCAGUACAAAACACCUUCACUUCUAGCACAACAACUUCUUCAACCCCACCACUCCAUCAAGCUCACCCAGUACAACAACACUUCCGUUCAUCAAGCACAACAUCCCUCUCAACAACAACGCCUUUACCAUCUAGCAAAAACACUUCUUACCCCCUUCCAUAAGCUAUCCAGUACAACAACACCUUCCAGUUCAUCAAGCACAACAUCAUCCUCAACAACAACGCCUUCUACACAACAACUUCUCAACCACCACUCCAUCAAGCUCAUCCAGUACAACAACACCUUCCAGUUCAUCAAGCACAAACAUCAAUCCCUCAACAAACAACGCCUUCUAGCUCAUCUAGCACAACCAACUUCUUCAACAACACCCACUCCAUCAAGCUCAUCCAGUACAACAACACCUUCCACCUCAUCUAGCACAACACAACUUCUUCAACCAACCACUCCAUCAAGCUCAUCCAGUACAACAAACACCUUCCAGCACAACAACUUCUUCAACACCACUCCAUCAAGCUCAUCCAGUAAAACAACACCUUCAGUUCAUAAAGCCCCAACUCAUCCUCAACAACAACGCCUUCUAGUUUAUCUAGCACAACAAACUUCUUCAACCACCACUCCAUCAAGUCAUCCAGUACCAACAACACCUUCCAGUUCAUCAAGCACAACAUCAUCCUCAAACACAACGCCUUCUAGCUCUCUAGACAACAACUUCUUAAACCACCACUCCACCCAAGCUCAUCCACACAAAACUUCUUCAACCACACUCCAUCAAGCUCAUCCGUACAACAACACCUUCCAGUUCAUCAAGCACAACAUCUUCCUCGACACAAGCCUUCUAGCCUCAUCUAGCACAAACAACUUCUUCAACCCACUCCAUCACGCUCAAUCCAGUAUACAACAACACCUUCCACACAACAACUUCUUCAACCACCACUCCAUCAAGCUCAUCCAGUACAACAACACCUUCCAGUUCAUCAAGCACCAAUCAUCCUCAACACAACGCCUUCUAGCUCAUCUAGCACAACAACUUCUUCAACCACCACUCCCAUCAAGCUCAUCCAGUACAACAACACCUUCCAGUUCAUCAAGCACAACUCUCCUCAAAAAAACCCACUUCACCCUAAACAACCCUUAUAGCUAUCAGCCAACAACUUCUUCAACCCCCCACCCCAUCAAGCCCUUCAGUACAACAACAUUCCCAGUUCUAAGCACAACCUCCAAAAACCCCCAACCCCUUCUCACAACCCCCUCCUCAACAACAACCCUUCUAUUCAUCCACCACCUAAAACAAACCCUUUCCCCUAAAAACCCCAACCCUCUCGCUCCCCUACCACCACCAACCAAAUCUUCCCACCCACCCCCCCACACUCCAUCAGCUAUCCGUACAACAAAACCCUUCGUUCUCAAGCACACUCAUCCUCAACAAACGCCUUCUAGCUCAUCUAGCACAACAACUUCUUCAACCACCCACUCCAUCAAGCUCAUCCACUAUCCAGUACAACAAACCUUCCAGUUCUCAAGCACAACUCAUCCUCAAAAAACCCUUCAUAGCUCAUCUAGCCACAACUUCUUCAACCCCCACCCUCAGCUCAUCCAUACAACAACACCUUCCAGUUCAUCAAGCACAACAUCAUCCUCAACAACAACGCCUUCUAGCUCAUCUAGCCACAACAACUUCUUCAAACCCCACCAUCCCCCAAGCUCAUCAGUACAAAAAACACCUUCCGUUCAUCAAGCACAACAUCAUCCUCAACACAACCCCUUUAGGUCAUCUAGCACAAAAAACUUCUUCAACACACUCAACAAGCUACCCAGUACCCCAAACCCCUUCCGUUCUCAAGCAAACUUCAUCCUAAACCCAACAACGCCUUCUAGCUCAUCUACCCACAACAAUUCCACCACCCCCCCUAAAGUCUCCAUUCACAGCACAACAUCUCCUAAACAACAACGCUUUAGCUAUCUGCCCCACAACUUCUCAACCACCACUCCAUCAAGCUCAUCCAGUACAACAACACUUCCCAGUUAUAAAGCACAACUUCAUCCUCAACAACAAGCCUUCUGCUCUCUAGCACAACAACUUCUUCAACCCCCACCCAUCAAGCUCAUCCAGUACAACAACCUUCCAGUUCAUCAAGCAAAAACAUCAUCCUCAACAACAACGCAUUCUAGCUCAUCUAGCCAAAAACCCUUCUUCAACCACCACCCCAUCAAGCUCAUCCAGUACAACAACACCUUCCAGUUCCAUCAAGCCAAACAUCAUCUCAACAACAACGCCUUUCUAUCAUCUAGCACAACAACUUCUUCAACCACCACCCCUUUCAGUCAUCAGUACAACAACACCUUCCAGUUCAUCAAGCACAACAUCAUCCCUCAACAACAACGCCUUCUAGCUCAUCUGCGCACAACAACUUCUUCAACCACCACUCCAUCAAGCUCAUCCAGAACAACAACACUUAAAAUUCAUCAAGCAAACAUCAUCCUCAAAACAACGCCUUCUAGCUCAUCUAGCACAACAACUUCUUCACCACCACUCCAUCAAGCUCUUUCCAGUACAACAACACCUUACUCAUCUAGCACAACAACUUCUUCAACCACCUCAUCAAGCUCAUCCAGUACAACAACCCCUUCCCUCAUCCAUUCAUCAAGCACAACAUCAUCCUCAACAACAACGCCUUCUAGCUCAUCUAGCACAACAACUUCUUCAACCACACUCCAUCAGCUCAUCCACUCAUCCAGUACAAAAACCCCCUUGUUCAAAAAGCACAACAUUCCUCAACAACAACCCCUUCUCAUCUGCACAAAACUUUUUUCAACCCCAUCCAUCAAGUCCCCCGUACAACACCUUCCCAGUUCUCGCACCUCAUCUCAAAACAACCCUUCUGCUAUUAGACAACAAUUCUUAACCCCCUCCAAGCUCUCUUCAUCAAGCACAACUCUCCCAACAAAGCCUUCUAGUUUAGAAAAAACACUUCUUCACACCACCCUCAAGCUCAUCCGACAAACAACCCCCUUCCAUUUCAUCAAGCACAACAUCUCCUCAAAAAACAACGCCUUUAGUCAUCUAGACAAAAUUCUUAAACACCCCCCUUCAAGUCACCUUAUAAAGAAAAACUACCCUCAAAAACCAGCCUUUGCUAUCUGCAAAAACUUUUUAACCACCAUCAUCAGCUAUCGUCAACAAAACUUCCAGUUCUUCAAGCAAAACAUCUCCUCAACAAAAAACCCUUUGUCAUUUCCCAAAACAAUUCUUAAACCCACCACUCCAAAAUCAUCCAGUACAACAACACCUUCCAGUUCAUCAAGCUCAUCCAGUACAACAACACCUUCCAGUUCAUCAAGCACAACAUCAUCCUCCAGUACAACAACACCUUCCAGUUCAUCAAGCACAACAUCAUCCUCAACAACAACGCCUUCUAGCUCAUCUAGCACAACAACUUCUUCAACCACCACUCCAUCAAGCUCAUCCAGUACAACAACACCUUCCAGUUCAUCAAGCACAACAUCAUCCACAACAACUUUCUUCAACCACACUCCAUCAAGCUCAUCCAGUACAACAACACCUUCCAGUUCAUCAAGCACCAACAUCAUCCUCAACAACAACCACAACAACUUCUUCAACCCACUCCUCAAGUCAUCCAGUACAACAACACCUUCCAGUUCAUCAAGCACAACACAUCCUCAACACACAACGCCUUCUAGCUCAUCUAGCACAACACCUUCUUCAACCACCACUCCAUCACAGUCAUCCGACAAAACCCUUCCGUCUAGCAAACUCCUACACAACCCUUCUAGCUCAUCUAGCACAACAAUUCUUCAACAACUCACAUCAGUUAACACACCUCAGCAGACCACUCCAACAACGUCUAUUCCAACUUCACCAUCAUCACAUCCUCAAAACACCUUCAUCAUCACAAUCCUCAACAAAGCAAAACAACACCUUCAACCUCAUCACAUCAACAAACCCUCAGUCAUCAAGCACACAUCUCCUCAACACAACGCCUCAGCUACUAGCAAAAACUUCUUAACCACUCACAGUCACCGUACACAACCCUUCCAGUUCUCAGCACAACAUCAUCCUCACAACAAGCCUCUAGCUAUCUGCCAACAAUUCAACCACACUCCAUCAGUCUCCAUCAUCAGCACAAAUUCCUCAACAACAACGCUUGUCAUAGCACACAACCUUCACACACUCCAUCAACUUCAGUACAACAACCCUCAGUUCACACACACUCAUCCUCACAACACGCUUCUAGUAUCUAGCACAACACUUCUUCAACCCACUCUCAAGCUCUCCGUAAACAACACCUUCCAGUCAUCAAGCACAAACAUCCUCAACACACGCCUUCUAGUCACUACACAACUUCUUCACCCUCCUCAAGUACCAGUACAAACACUCAUCAUCAAGCCAACAUCAUCCUCAACAAAGCUCAGCUCUCUAGCACAACAACUUCUUCACCACCACUCUAAGUCAUCCAACACAACACCUUCCGUCUCAGAAACUCAUCUCAACAACAACGCCUUUCUUCUAACCAACCCUUACCACCACCCACGCUCAUCCCCACAUCACUCACAACAAGCCACAUCACACACACCCAACCCCCCACUCACCUACAACACCUAUCAUCAAACAACACCACAACAACUAACACCAACACUCCACCACACAACACCAUCCACCUCGCCCCACAUAUCCCAAACACCUCCCCCCACAACAUCCCCCCUCCACAUCACCACACUCCCCCCAACAACCCCCACCCACCAUCUCCACCUCCCCCCCCCCCCAUCCACACCUAAACUCCUCAACAACAACGCCAACACUCACCACCUCACAACACAUCAACCACCACAUCCAACCUCUCAACAUUCACCCCAACCUAACCACACUCACACACCAACAACACACCUCCAACAACACAACAACCAAACAACCCCACCCACCCAAUCUCAACCACCACCACAUCCUACAACAAUCCACCACAACUCACAACACCUCUACUUCUCACAACAAUCUUCACCACCACCAUCAGUUCCGCAACACAUAGUCCACUACCAACAAACUUUACCAUACCAAAACUUCAAACCUCAUCUUCCAUCAACAUCAUUCACACACAAUCCCAACACGCCAGACCAAACACCUUCAACUCUCACACACAACAACUCCAUCACCACAAUCCAACAACCUCACCUCACAACAACCCCACUCUCAAAACCAACAACCCAUACAACCACCACUCAACCCGUCUCAACCAAACCACCACCUACCCGCAACAAUCACAACAUCAUCUCAACAACAACCUUCAGUACUGCACACACUUCUUCAACACCAUCCACAAGAUCAACAAACCUCCACUCAUCCCAACAACCCCCCACACAAUCUCCAACAACACGCCUAGCUAUCACACCAACUUCUCAACCCCACUCCAAGCCACCUACAACAACCUCCAUUAAAACAAUCACACCAUCCCACCACCACCACCCCCUCAUCACAGCCCAACACUUCAUCAACACACAUCAUCCCAAAACAACCUGCUAUCACCAACAACCAACACCUCCAUCAACAUCAACACACACCCCAAACCCCCUCACAACAAUCAUACAACAAAACCCAACCACCACUCAUCAAUCUCACCAAUCAUCCCAACACCCCUUUCUCUCUAACAACACUUCUCACACCACCCACACUCAUCCUCAACACACCUUCAUCAUCAACAAACACAUCCCAACAACACCCUUUUCAUCACCAAACUUCAACCACCCCAUCACUCUCCAGUACAACAACCCUCAGUUCCAGCCACCAUCCUCACAACAACUCUACUCCUCUACCAACAACUCUUCAACCACCACUCAUCAGCUAUCCGUACAACAACCCUCCACAACUCACCACAACAACACCUUCGUCAUACACACACCCCCACUCCACAUCACACAAAACCCUCAUCAACACAACUAUCCCACACAAACCCCCACCAUCACAACAUUCACCCACCCAACUCUCCACAAAACAUCACUCACCAACAACUCCUCAACACCUCAUCACACCAACAACCACACCCACCCACCUCACAACCAACACCCACACUACACCCUCCCCAACAUACCACAACACCCCUCUCUAACUCCCAAAACCCCCCCACCCACUCACCCCACACCCCCACUCCUCAAUCCACCCCCCCCCAACACUCACAACACUCUCCAACCAACUCAACCACCCCACCACAAACUCACCACACCAUCCCAACAACUCCCCAACACAACACCCCCACCGCCCACAUCACAACAUUCUCAACCACUCCAACUCUCCGACAAAACACCUCAUAACACACAACUAUCCUCACAACAACCCUCUAGUCCUCACAAAUUUCAAACCUUACCUGACAACAACACUUCCAUCAUCAAACAACUCACCAAAAACGCCUUUAGCUCAUCUGCACAACACUCUCCCCCACUCAACAUCUACAAAACACCUUCCUUAUCAAGCAAACAUCAUCUCAACAAACCCUCACCAUCCAGUACAACAACCUUCCAGUCACAAACAACCCACCUCAACACGCCAUAUCUCACAACAACUCUUCAACCACCCCACAACCAUCUUACAACAACCCUUCAUUCUUCAAGCCAACAUCAUCCUCAACACACAACGCCUUCUAGCUCAUCUAGCACAACAACUUCUUCAACCACACUCCAUCAAGCUCAUCCACCUUCUAGCUCAUCUAGCACAACAACUUCUUCAACCACCACUCCAUCAAGCUCAUCCAGUACAACAACACCUUCCAGUUCAUCAAGCACAACAUCAUCCUCAACAACAACGCCUUCUAGCUCAUCUAGCACAACAACUUCUUCAACCACCACUCCAUCAAGCUCAUCCAGUACAACAACACCUUCCAGUUCAUCAAGCACAACAUCAUCCUCAACAACAACGCCUUCUAGCUCAUCUCUAUCCAGUACAACAACACCUUCCAGUCUCAAGCACAACUCACCCUCAACACAACGCCUUCUAGCUCAUCUAGCACAACAAACUUUUCAACCCACCACUCAUCAAGUCAUCCAUUUCAACAACACCUUCCAGUUCAUCAAGCACAAUUAUCUCAACAACAACGCUUCUAGCUCAUCUGCACAACAACUUUUCACCAACACUCCAUCAAGCUCAUCCAGUACAACAACCCCUUACAGUUCAUCAAGCACAACAUCAUCCUCAACAACAACGCUUUAUUCAUCAAGCACAACAUCACCCUCACAACAACGCCUUCUAGCUCAUCUAGCACAACAAUUCUUCAACCCCACUCCUAAAGCUCAUCCACCUUCCAGUUCAUCAAGCACAACAUCAUCCUCAACAACAACGCCUUCUAGCUCAUCUAGCUCAUCCAGUACAACAACACCUUCCAGUUCAUCAAGCACAACCUCAUCCUCAACAACAAACUCAUCAAGCACAACAUCCACCCAACAACAACGCCUUCUGCCAUCUAGCACAACCUUCUUCCCCCACUUCCAUAAAACUCAUCCUACAACAACCCUCCUCAUCUACCAACAAUUUCCAACCCCAUUUCAUCAAGCCACCAUCAACAACACCUUCAGUUCAUCAAGCACAAAAACUUCUAAACAACAACGCCUUCAAGCUCAUCUAACAACAAUCUUCCACCCCACUCCACAAGCCACCUCAACAACCCCCUUCCCAGUCAUCGGGAACAAAAAACUUCUCAACCCCACCCAUCUCUCAUCUACCCCAUUCCAACACUCAUCAUCAAGCUCAUCCAUACAACAACCCUUCCAGUCAUCAAGCACAAAAACCCCUUCAACAACAACCCUUCAAGCUCAUCCUCAUCAGUACAAAAACCCCUUCCCAACACCACACAACUCAUCAACAACAACCCUUCAGUUCAUCAAGCACAAAAAUUUCUUAAAACCCACCAACAAGCUCAUCCAUUCAUCAAGCACAACAUCAUCCUCAACAACAACGCCUUUCUACUAUCACACAAAAACUUCUUCAACCCCCCACUCCAUCAACUCCUCCAGUACAAAAAACUCCAUUCAUAAACAAACUCAUCCUCACAACAACGCCUUCACCUCACUCUUCACCCAAACACUUCUCAACACCCUCCAGUUCCAUCCAGACAACAACCCCUUUCCUUCAUCAAAGCCACAUCAUCUAAAACAAAAACCCUUCAACUCACUCACAACAACUUCUUCAACCACAACCCUUCAUUCAUCAAGCACAACAACCCUCAACACCAACCCUCAAGCUCAUCAGACAACAACUUCCUUCAUCAACCACCAUAAAUCACCCUCAACAAACCCCUUUCAGUUCAUCAAGCACAACACACCCUUCAACAACCACCCUUCAAGCUCAUCUAGCAAACAACCUUACCACCUCCAUCAAGCUCAUCCAUCAACAACACCUUCCAUUCAUAAGCACAAAAACUCUUCAACAACACGCUUCUUCAUCAACAAAACAUCAUCCUCACAACAACCUCCUACUCACUCGACAACAACUUCUUCCCAACCACCACUCCUAUCAAGCCUUAACAACAAAUCCUUCAUUCAACCAACAACUUCUUCAACCACCACUCCAUCAAGCUCAUCCAGUACAACAACACCUUCCAGUUCAUCAAGCACACUUCAUCCUCAAAAAACAACGCCUUCUAGCUCAUCUAGCACAACAACUUCUUCAACCACCACCCUUCAAGCUAUCCAUCAUCUAGCACAACAACUUCUUCAACCAACUCCAUCAAGCUCAUCCAGUACAACAACACCUUCCAGUUCAUCAACCCACAACACAUCCUCAACAACAACCCCUUUUAGUCAUCUAGCACAACAAUUCUUCAACCACCACUCAUCAAGCUCAUCAUCAUCCAGUACAACAACCCUUCCAUUCAUCAAGCCAACAUCAUCCUCAACAACAACGCCUUCUAGCUCAUCUAGCACAACAACUUUUUCAACCACCACUCCAUCAUUCAUCCAGUACAACAACCCCUUUUCCAGUUCAUCAAGCACAACAUCAUCCUCAACAACAACGCCUUCUAUUCAUCAAGCACAACAUCCAUCCUCAACAACAACGCCUUCUAGCUCUUCUAGCACAACAACUUCUUCAACCACCACUCCAUCAAGCUCAUCCAGUACAAACAACAUUUCCCAGUUCAUCAAGCACAACAUCAUCCUCAACAACAACCCUUCUAGCUCAUUAGACAACAACUUCUUCAACCACCACUCCAUCAAGCUCAUCCGUAACAACAACACCUUCCAGUUCAUCAACACAACUCAUCCUCAACAAAAACGCCUUCUAGCUCAUCUAGCACAACAACUUUUCAACCACCACCCCAAAAUCAUCAGUACAACAACACCCAUUUCAACAAACUCACCUCAAAACAACCUCACAUCAACACAUUCUUCUAACCAAACCAACUCCUUCAACCACCAGACACAACCUUCAGUUCACCCAAAUUUCUCAAAAACACCUUCCAUCGUGCACAAAAACCUUAAAACCCCACACAACCCCAACCCUUCAGCUCAUCAAAAACAACUUCAUCCCCCAACCCAAAAAGCCUCUCCAGUACAACAACAACCUUCGUUCACAACCACAACAUCAUCCUCAACAACAACCCUUUCCCAGUUCAUCAAGCACAACUUCUCAACCACCACCCUUCAAGCUCACCCAGACAACAACCCUUCCAAUUCCAACACACAUCAUCCCAACAACAACCCUUCCAGUCAUCAAGCACACACUUCUUCAACACCACCCAUCAGCUCAUCUAGACAACAACUUCUCACAACCACAACAUCACCUCAACAACAACCCUUCAGUCAUCAGCACAACAACCCUUUCAACCCCAACCCUUCAGCUCACCCAGUACAACAACCCCUUCAACAUCAACACAACCUCAUCAAAACAACCCUUCUAGUUCAUCAAGCACAACAACUUCCAACACACCCCAUCAAGCUCAUCAGAAACAACACUUCUUCUAACCACCACCCCUUUCCUCAACAACAACCCUUCAGUUCAUCAGCACAAAAACUUCUUCCCCAAACCACCUCAAGCCACCCGUACCAAAAACACUUCCACCACACCACAACUCAUCCCAACAACAACCCCUUCCCAUCAUCAAGCACAACAUCAUCCUCAACAACAACGCCUUCUAGCUCAUCUAGCACAACAACUUCUUCAACCACCCUCCAUAAAGCUCAUUCCAUCAUAAAGCACCAUCCUAAAACAACAACCCUUCUAGCUUUCUACACAACAACUUCUAAACCCCACCCCCUCAAGCUAUCCAGUCAACAACCCUUCCAGUUCUUAAGCACAACACACCCCAAAACAACAACGCCUUCUACUUCUAUCUCACAAAAACCUUCUUCAACCCACCACCCUAAAAUCCCCAACCCACCCUUCAGUUCAUCGACAACAUCUCCUAAAACAACAACCCCCUUCAUUUUCAUUAGCACAACAACUUUUUUCAACCACCACCCCAUAAAGCUCUCCGUCAAAAACCCCCUUCCACUAUCUAGCACAACAAUUUCUUCAACCACUCCAUCAAGCUCAUCCAGUACAACAACACCUUCCCAUUCAUCGCACACUCAUCCCCCAACAAAACCCUUCUACUCAUCUAGCACAACAACUUUUCAACCACCACUCCUCAAGCUCAUCCUACAAAAACCCCCCAGUUCAUCAAGCAAAAACACAUCCUCAACAACAACGCCUUCUUCAUCCAGUACAACAACACCUUCCAGUUCAUCAAGCACAACAUCAUCCUCAACAACAACGCCUUCUAGCUCAUCUAGCACAACAACUUCUUCAACCACCACUCCAUCAAGCUCAUCCAGUUCAUCAAGCACAACAUCAUCCUCAACAACAACGCCUUCUAGCUCAUCUAGCACAACAACUUCUUCAACCACCACUCCAUCAAGCUCAUCCAGUACAACAACACCUUCCAGUUCUCGAAAACAUCCCUCAACAAAACGCCUUCACUCAUCUAGACAACAACCUUUCAACCCCACUCCAUCAAAGCUCAUCCAGUCACAACACCUUCCAGUUCACAGCACAACACAUCCCCCACCAAAACGCCUUCUAGCUAAAUCUAGAAACAAAAAACUUCUUAAACCACCCUCUCCACAAGCCAUCCAGUACAACAACACCUUCCAUUAUAAAGCAAAACUCACCUCAACAACAACGCCUUCUAGCUCAUCUAGCACAACAACCUUCUUCAACCACCACUCCAUCAAGCUCAACCACUCAUCUAGCACAACAACUUCUUCAACCACCACUCCAUCAAGCUCAUCCAGACAAACAACACUUCAGUUCAUCAAAGCACAACAUCAUCCUCAACAACAACGCCUCAUUCCUCAACAAGCACAACAUCAACCUCACACCCUCCACCACACAACUUCAUCAACCACCACUCCAUCAAAGCUCAUCCACUCAUCUAGCACAACAACUUCUUCAACCACCACUCCAUCAAGCUCAUCCGCCCAAAAACUUCCCCGACAAAACCCUUCCAGUUCUCAAGCCAACCUCCCUAAAAACAACGCCUUUCUAGUCAUUGCACAAAACUUUUUCAACCCCCACCCAUCAAGCCCGUCAACAACAUUCCGUUCCAAGCACAACUUCCUCAACAACAGCCUUCUCACAACAACUUCUUCAACCACCACUCCAUCAAGCUCAUCCAGUACAACAACACCUUCCAGUUCAUCAAGCCCAAGGACACGAGAGGACAUCUCAUCUAGCACAACAACUUCUUCAACCACCACUCCAUCAAGCUCAUCCAGUACAACAACAGUUUCCUCUACUUCUUCUCACAGCCCUCGGCCUUACCCUGGAAAACACUGUGUUGUGCCUGCAGGUGGCGAGAGAAAAGUUAUAAAAUUAGAGAGUAGGAUUGGUGGUCGAGUGGUUAUGGAGAGCCCGUAUGAUUCUGACCGAGGCCAAGGAAAGUUUUUGGUAACUGGCAAGGGUUUGGGAGCUGGCUUGAAGAUGUCCGUUUUGAAGUUUGAACUCAUGGAUCUCGAUAUUGCUGAAAAUGAGGACAUAGUGAUAUACGACUCUGUCAUACACAUGAACCUUAUGGAUGUGUCCGGGUACCUGGGUCAGUGGAGACGCCAGACCACCUUGGUCCGUCCGGUACUUGUUCCUUGGAACAGGAUAGAUAGCAAUUUGGGGCAACUUACUUCUUCUGCUAACAUACUGUUGACUGAAGAAGAACAGGGUGACAAGUUCCCGCGACUCCGGAAUGAGCCAGACGAGGAUCAGCUGGUGACCACCAAGUUCCUGGAGACUAUGAGAUAUUGGUUCAACCUACGGGGUAGAGACCACUACAAGACUAAUCUCGGAGUAGCUCUGGUUAACAAGUACCAGGGUGGAGUUUCGGAGCAGACGGAUGGUAAACCUAUCAGGUACUACAAUUACGAGAAUAUCACUACUGCAGAGGACCGUACUCCCAGGAUUGAAGUUUGCUACAAAAAGACAACUCUUAAAGUCUGUUCUGGGGACGAUGUACAGCACAUAUUACCAGUAACCAUGGAUACAGUACUUGUGGAAGGAGAGGGGAAUGUUGACGGAACAGGACUUAGUGUUGGUGAGGAUGGACAGGGGAAGAAGUACAGAACUGUUGUUUACGUGGACUUGGAGCAGUUUGAUAUUGACCACGUGAUACGAAAAGGACAUGACAAUUUCCCGAAAAAUUCCUGGUUGGAGAUGGUGAUAUCUGACUCCGAACGCAGCACAUUUGGUGUGGACAGCGAUAGAGCUAUUUCUAUACACCAGUUAAAAACAAAAUGGAACGAGACCACAGCCGACUGGAGCUCUUUAUCGGAGGCUGAACGAAAACAGAACGCUGAAGAUGUUGCCUUCUCCACUGUGUCGGACCGGCUCCCGAAUACACGUAUCCAGCUGGGUGUACAGACUAUGAUGAUGAACUGGUUACUCAAGGGGGAGAAUAACUACGGCAUAAUGCUGACAGAUGAAGCCCCAGGAGGCCACGCCCUGUUCUCGUUCUACGAUAAGGAAACUGGACCAGUUGGAACUCAGCCAAAAAUCGUAAUUUGCUUGCCUGCAGAGACUUCAGCUACUGAAACACCUAGUUCAAGUACCAAGAUACCUUGGUACACCACUAGUCCACAUACUUCUACCUCUAUUUGGACACUUGGGAAACCUAACAAGAAAUGUCAAAUGUUAAAGCAUCCCUUGGAUAAACAUAUUGUACAGAUAAUUGACAACUCAACGUGUGUCACUAAUCUGCCGUACACGACCCGCUACUGUCAGGACACAGCUGGAAGAUGCUUAAAACGACAAGCAAGACACUUAAACGGAACUAUUAUAACGUCAUGUAGUUGCUGCCAAGCCAUAACCGCAACUGUGAACGUUGAAUGGGGAUGUUAUAAUAUGAAUGGCGAAGGAGAAAUUACAGCAAAGGUGUACCCGUACGAGUAUAUUACCAAGUGCAUGUGCACUGUAUGCGGUGAAAACCAUAAUGAGAAACCGUUCACGCUACCCAGUACCGAACAGUCCACUACCGAGCCUGCCUGGAACCAGGGUAGUUCCGCACCUCCCCGAAACGGGCAGCCGACCUCCAUUUUACAGUUUGGACUGCGGGACACGCAUAGGUUCGAUGAUAUUGCAGCUCACCAUGAUCAGGGAGUUCAAGAUGGAUUGCGUGAGGUGAGGUGGUCGGAGUGAGUAAGAAGCUUAGGUUGAGAGUUUGUUUGAAGGCUUCAGUUAUCCUGUUUGGUGUAGAGGAUAUGCAGCAUACUGUAUACUGUAUGGGAUUUACAGUCAACAGUCAGGUGUCAACACCGCUGUGGAUGUUUUUUCAAAUUGGUUAAGAUUAUGGUUUUUUGUUAUUAGUGACGAUCGGGUUUUCUGAGUUUCAAAAAUUUAUGGUACAAUCUAUAAUAGUUGUCAAUGUUAUUACUCAUCUAAAAUCCAACUCUAUUUUACGAUCUUUGACACACGGGUUCAAUUUUAUCGAGUGAUGUUUCUUGAAGAGUGUAUUUAACUU